UUUGUUUGGGAGGAAAGAAAACACUCCGUGGGGCGGGGCGCGUCCGUUCGCCCGUUCGAAAGGCGGCUGCCUCUGAUUGGCCGACGCUGACGGCCUCGGAGCCAUUCCGAGCCAAUGAAAUGCGUCCCGGCUUCUCUUAUAAGCCGUCGCCGGAGGGGGCGUGGGCGUAUUGAUGUCGCCAGAAUUCCACUACCUGCCGCGCAAUAGAAAACACCUGGUAGCAGUACAGGUAACGCACCUUUAUAUUGGGCGUCUGGAACCGGGGGUGAGGGUCGCUGAGGUAGAGCAGCUUCAGUGCAGAACGAGAGAGGAAUGACUUGCAUCAUUUUCUGUCUUCCUCGUUUUAAUCAUAACAUGCACACUUACCUGAGAGUAAGUCCCGGUGAGGUCAGUGGGAUUUGCUGCUGAGUGUAGGAUUGGAGCAGCGAACCUGUCGAAGGGCAGCUCAUAGUUUUGCGCAGGCUUUCUAGUGUUGCUCGCGCGAGCACUGCCUCGCUCUUGAGAACCAUUUUUAAGGCUGUUUGGUAAACCGUAUUAUUUACCCCGUGGAAGCCCCCGUAGUUGAGUUUUAUGCUGACAUUAUCUGUUGUUUGCGCGCCUGACCCGAGGAGCAGCUCCCUGCGUGCCUGCGUUGGUCGAACAUAUUCAAAGUUAGCGUGCUCGUGCAAUCCCCACCUGCCCGAUGUGCACACUGUCAAAUGGCUUGUAAGGACUUUAUGUCUGGAGGCUACACGUGUAGGCAACUUUGGGGCAGCACGUGUUGGUCAGAGGAGCACACAGUGGACAGCAGUUGCCGCUGCGAUCGCUGUCUUCCCCCCAUCCCCAGGGGGGUAAGAAAACUUACAUCUGCACAGACAUAGAUGUACAGGAGUGGUAAAAUAGCUCCUGGGGGUGUAGGGAAAGACAUACCUUCUAUAGAGGAAAUUCACUAAGGGUAGCCAAUGCUACCCUUGGGAUGUUGUUGUUGAGCUACACUACAGCUACCAGUGCCAGCCAGCAUGGCCAGUGAUUAGGGAUAAGAGUUGUCCUGCAGCAGCAGCUGGAGGGUAAUGCCCUGGCUAGGCCAGAGAUAAUCCAUGCCUCGUCCCUGGUACAGAACAGGUUGUAGGAAUGAGAAUCCCUGGCACAAAUUAAGCCUUGCAUCAUGUGUACCAGCACUGAUGCAGUAGUUCCCUGGUCAGCCUUAGGUUGCCUUUUAAAAUGCCUAGCAGUAUAGGUUGCUUCUGUAUUUUUGCAAGAGGGAUGAUAAUUCCUCAGAAGAGAACAUUGACACAGAACUGCUGUGUCAAUAGGAAGAAAAUAUUGCAACAGAAGUCAACCAGGACAGUGGCAUUUUUAAGGGAAGUCUCGCCUUUGGCUUCUCAGAGAAGCAGUUCUUCCCUGGUGAUUUUUCAGUAGCACAUGUCAGAAGACAGAAUACUAGGCAGGUCCUAUUCAAAGUUUUGUCAAAGGGCAAUUAUUGACAGUGCACAAAUGGUCCUUUGUCAGCACUACCCAAAUAUUCAGUAACUUGAAGCCAAUGCUUGAUUACUCUAAAUUGGUGUGGUUCUGAAAUUACAUUUGUUUUCUAACCUCCCUCAUAAGUUCAUAAAUUCACCCUGGCUGAACAGAACAUGCCACUGAAAGGGAUAGGGUCGCCAAGGAAGCUCCCUCAACCCUAAUUAGUUGCCCCCUGCUGCACUUCAGACAGCAGAGGUACCUAAAGAAGCAUCUUCAGUUAUGAUGGCAUUGGUGUACAGUUGGCCUGGAGUUUUACUGAUGAGGAUGUAACAGAGGUUCAGCUAAUGGGAAGUUAACUGCAGCAAGAUAUCUUCAUCCUAAACAGCUGAAAAUGUUGUUAGGAGGUGCACUUUUGUGCAAUAAGUGAGGCUGAAAUGUGUGGCUGUGGCUGUUCGGAAAAUUACUAUAAAUUUUAGGGUUGGGAGUAGUUUAGAUUUUUGCAGUUCUCAAGCAGGCUGAAUUAGACAGCACAUUAGUAAAUGAAAUGAUUGCAAAGACACUGACUGUCUAGACAUAAUAAUAGACUACUGUAUGCCGUAAUGUUUUUAAGCAGAUGUGAACCUUGGGGUGCAUCUGUGGUGGGGGAUUUUUUAUUUUAUUUUUUGCCUCAAGUGGCAAAUAUCCCCAGCUUGCCCUGACAGGACUCCUUUUUUGCUCUUGGACCACAUGGCAGCUUUUGUUGCCAUUAUAUGCUUCUGCAUCUAGUAUGUGGGUGGGGACUUAUGGAAGCACUUUUGUAGUGGUUCUGCUCUUAUAUUGCCAGAUUAGUUCCAUAGAAAUUCGCUCUAAGUCCCACAGGGAUCUUAUUUUCUCUCUCACACAUGCUUCUUCACAGCUGCAGGGAAUUAGGUCAUCAUUGGAAUAUGAAGGACAGUUAAUUUUAUUUCUCCUUUCCAUCUGAAGCAGCUGUGGUGGCUUUUCUGCCCUGGAAAGUGGCUGGGUGAGGUCAAAUAAGUUGAAACUCAUCGCAGACAAGAAAACAGCUGAUGGUUUGAUAAAAGAGAAGUAGUGCAAGUCAUUAUUCUGGGUGGUGUUGGCACACUUCCUGAAGUGCAGCGCUCCUAUUUUUCUCCUGAAUUCUCAAGUAGAUGCUGUUCGCGGGUGUGUUUAUCAGCCCUGAUUAAUAUGCCAGUUGCACCUUGUAUUGUAGAAGAGCAACUUUAUUGUGGGAGGGGGGGUGGAAGUUCUGGUAAUAUUUCUGAGAGAUUGUGAUAGUUGCUGGUGGUUCAUGUUGCUGCUGUUAUGGUAUUUAGCCUCAUAGAGGACCCUCAGAUUUUGCACAACCUAAUGCAGAGCUUUCCAGACUUUUCAUGUUGGUGACAGACUUUUAAGACAUGCAUCAUUUCACGACACAGUAAUUCAGUUUUACUAGCAAACCAGAGGUUAAACUAACCCCUUUCCAGCCCUGGGAGGAGUGUGGGGAGCGUUUGCACAACAUACCUACACACUGCAGCUGGCACAGUGAUGUGUCGUGACACACAGUUUGGAAAGCUCUGACCUAAUGAAUACAUCUUGUGCUCACUUAGUAGCAACUCAGCCAUACAGUAACUCUGUUUUCUAACAUGUAAUAAAACCUAUCAAAACGACCAAGUCUGCUGACAUGGCUUCCACCUUUUUAUUUUCUCUGGUCUGUACAGAUUCUGCCUCAUGAUCUUCCAUUAGUCCACAAGACAUUAAGCAGUACAAGAUUCAGUGUGUGUAGCUGUCAUAUUUCAACUUGCCACGAGGCAUAUUUUAAGACUUAUUUGACUCCAGAAUGGCUGCACCAGCAAAUGAGAGGUGAGUCUUCUUGUGGCAAUCAGAGGCAUGCAGGCAUGGGCGGGGAGGGAGAACUGGAUGCCUGCAAACACACACACACACACACACACACACACACACAAACUCCUGAAGCUGUGUUGGUUGAGUUUGUCAGCCAAAACUGACAAUUCUGUCCUACACGUUUACUUGGAAGUAAGCCAAUGUGUUCAGUAGGGCUUACUAGUAGUAAUUGAGUUUUGGGAAUGCAGACCUUACUGCAUGAGAUGCCAAUGGCCAAACAGUAGCGCCAUUGAGGGUACCUAAAAUUGAGGUAAAACUUAAUAUAAUAAUAGGUCCAGUGUUUGUUCUGCUACACUUUUUUCGAGGUUGCUCCUUUGGUUUCUUGCUCCAGUUAGUUUUAGUUCCUCUUGAGUGUCAAAAUCCACUUUAUGGUGAGCCUGCGAUUUGGAGUUUGGGCUUAGCCAACUACAGCCCUCGCCUGUGGUGAGUAGAUAUGUACAAGUUUCAUGAUUACUGCGCAAGUGCACCUUAUUUACCCCAGCCUUGUGACAAUAAUAAUUAAUCCAAGCAGUUUUCUCAUCAAGGUUCAAAUGGUAGACAAGCUCAGGUUCAGACUGAAGUCCACAUCCAACUCAACUGUUGCCCUCCAGCUGCUGAUUUGUUGACCCUCUUCACUCUCACGUCUCUUAAUGAAUUAUAUUGCUGGGCUGUCCUGUCCUGGGGGUAUCCAGGAAGCUGCUGCUUUAAAAGUAUUUUUGACAUUUGUAUGAGGAAAAGUGUUGACUUCCAAGACCAGAGCAACCUGUUGUUUAUUAAGAAGUUGCUAUGGUAAUCAGCAUCUGUUUUUGUGUAGGAUCCAUGUCUUUUCUUUUUCCUAGAGGUCUGACACGAGUGAUUUCUGGGGCCAUUGUGCCACCUGUGCAUCCAUCGUAAUUGACGCUGCUGCUGCAUGUUGUGGUGAUAUCUAGGCUACAUUCCUCCAGUAUUUUUGAACCUCCAGUUCAGUAUUUCUCUUUGCUGUUUCAGGGGCCGUCAAAAGGUCCGUUUCUUUGACUGGUUGAUCAAUGAGAUCAACAGUGGAAGAUAUAAAGAAAGCGUGGCCUGGACUGAUGACACCCACACAACCUUUCGUAUCCUUUGGAAGCACAAUUCAAGGAAGAACCUUGUGGCAAGUGAUUACAAGAUUUUCCAGGUAAUACUCUCGUUCUACUAAGGCUGACUUCUUGCAUGUAUUUGCCAUGGCCAGAUUCAGCUAAUGGGUUGUGCCGUUUAAGAACUUUGGUAGUACAAUUGGAAAGUCCCCUCUCUCUUGCACCCCCACCAAAUUGGCUCUGAGGGGGUUCAGGAGACACCAACCCCAGAACAGCACCAGGAGUGGGGAAGGAGAAGAGAGAUCAUUCCAUCAGGCAAGCAGAAUGAUCUCUUUAAUGCUACGUUGACUUCCUCCAACUCUCUAGUAUAAAAGCCAUUUCUGGCACCUUAAAAAGACUAACAAAUGUAUUGUGGCAUAAGCUUUCACAGACUGGAGUCCAAUUUACCAGAGGCUGUAGCUGAAUAAUAAAGCAGAUUCUCUGGUAGGCAUGCAGGGUGCCCAUUUCUGCAAACAUGCAAUGUACCCUGCCUCUGAAGGCACCCUGCAGCUGCUAUAAUUUCCAUAGUGGUUUCACAGUCAAUCCCUCUUCCUAGGGAACUUGGAAUUGUAGCUCUGGCAGGGUCACCUAACAACUCUCAGUACUCUUAACAAACUACAGCUCCCAGAAUUCUUUGGGGGAAGCCAUGACUGUUUAAAGAGGUAUCAUAGUGCUUUUAAAACGUGGUGCGAAUGUGGUCUUCAUCAGAAUAGUUCUUUCACACUUUUCCAUCUCUUCUUCUCCCAUGUUUCUGUGUGGAAAGGCGUGGGCUAUGGUCAGCGGAAAGUACAAUGAAGGUGAACCAAACCCAGCCAAAUGGAAAACCAACUUCCGCUGUGCCUUAAACAGUACAAAAAGAUUUGAAGAAGUUGAAUCGGAAUACCCUGACUACCACGUGUACCGAAUCAUCCCCCGCAGCCGCAACUCUACAUCGCCUGUUAAUCCUCCUGCCGACACAAGUAAAGACAGAAAAGGGAUGCAGGGUUAGGGCUGCAAAACUUUCUUUAACAUAAAGUGCUUGAUAAAUGGCAGGAAGUGUGGGCAUCCACCACAGGCUUUCUUUGUUCAUGCUUCAAGGGAAUUCCAGUGUCUGAAAAAAUUGUAAUCUCUUUUAAAAGGGAUCAAUUGUUAAAUCACUCCAGGAAUUGUAGGGCUGAGAGGGGAAUAAGGGUCUCCUAACAACUCUUAGCACCCUUAACAAAAGUUUCCAGGCUUCUCUGGGGAAAGCCAUGGCUGCUCAAAGUGGUAUGAUACUGCUUUAAAUAUAUAGUGCAGAUGGGGCCAUAGUUCUCUGCAACCAGGUCAUGAAAUUACCGUAUUUUUCGCUCUAUAGGGUGCACCGGAUUAUAGGGCACACCUAGUUUUUAGGGGGGGAAUAAAGGGGGGGAAUUAUUUCCCCCCCCCAGCCCCAAAGAGCAAAGAAGCCAAGACAGUGAGUGGGAUCCAUCCCGCUGGCUGUCUUGGCUUCCUCUUUAGCCAUGUGCAACCUCUCCAGCUGGAGAGGUUGCGAGCGGCUUUGUUUUUAGCCGCGGGGCUGGGGCGGGGGAAGCCCGAGCUUCCCCCAACCCCAGCCCCCAGAACAGGUCCAGGAGAGGCAGCGAGAUUGCGCGCAACCUCGCCGCCGCUCCCGGAGCUUGCGGGGCUGGGGACGGGGGCUUCCCCCGACCCCAGCCCCCAGAACAGGCUAUCCGCAAGCCUUCGAAGCAUGGCGGGAACUCCCGCCAUGCUCAGAAGGCUUGCGGAGAACAGGCUGCGUUCCACAAGCUUUUCGAGCAUGGCGGGAACUCCCACCAUGCUCAGAAGGCUUGCGGAUAGCUGCCUAAAGCCCGGGGAGCACAGCGGCAGUUGGCGCUGUGCUCCCCGGGUUUCAGGCUACAGACUGCCAUCCGCAAGCCUUCUGAGCCCGGUGUGAUAGCCUGCAUUCGCCCCAUAGGACGCACACAAAUUUCCCCUUCAUUUUUGGAGGGGAUAAAGUGUGUCCUAUAGAGCGAAAAAUACGGUAUGUAUCUUCUCGUAUUUGCAUUUCAUCCUGGAACUGUUGUUCAUUGUGUCUUUUUUCCUAUGUGUCUCCUCCUCUCCAAGUCAAUGGAAGUAACCAUGAAGUUGAUCAGUUGCAUAUGAGCCCCUGCAGUGAGGGAUCCCCAGCUCUACACCAGUCUACACCCCAGGUACAAUACAGUUGGGCACAAUAGGUUUGAGAGGGCUGUGGAACAAUUUGAAUGCUAUUCAGUUUAGAGAUGGUCAACGCAUUGGUGUAGGACUCUAGACCAGGGACUUGUUUCUAAUGAAUAAACAUCCAAUAAGUAAGUCAACGUGAAUGCAAAAAUUAUUGGUGGGUGAGGUGUAUUCCUGUUCAUGUUUAAACAACUCCUUGAGCAAGGGACAACAUUGCUGAAGAACUAAUGGAAGGACAGGCAUCUCAAGUGGUGGCAGACACAUGAAGAAUCCCUGCCUGUAGGGAUUCAGUCUGCUAGAGGCAGCUUCUCAGUCAACUUAAAGGUUUUUAAAUUGAUUAAUUCGGAAGCAGAUCAGUGUGUUUGUUUCUUAAUUUUUUCCAAAUUUUACGUAUAUAAAAAUAACAAAGAUUAUCCAGCAGCUUCAAGAUAUGAACACAUGUUCAUGAUGUUUUCAUGGGAAGUUGGGAAGUGUAUUGCAGCAAAACAGUUUAUGGAGCUGCUGGUGAUGUCAUUUCCAUGUAGCAGGAAAGAAGGAGAUGUGCCUGUCUUUGUGCUCCGGUGCACUAGCAAAUAGUAUUUGUGCAAAGAGUAUUGGUCCCGUUGCUGGCCAGCUUUGUGCAGCUGAUUACAGGAGUAAAUCCAACAAACUUUCCAGACUUAAUACAUACUGGACAUUUUCACAGGGGAUGGUUAUGUUGCAAUUAAGCACAAACCACUUUAGCAGUGCAUUCCUAUGUAGGCUGACUCCGUAAUAGACAAGCUUAGGAUUGAAUCCCAAAUUUUGUAUUUGAAAACGUACAUUACUUUAAAUAUGUGUGAGAGACUCAAAAUGAUUGAAACCUCGCAUAUGAGAAAUGCUCUUGAGAUUGUAGCUCUGAGGGAAGCUUCCCUCAGUUCUAGGCAUGCACAGCUGGUGUGAGGGAGCCUUUGCCCCCAGAUGUUGCUGAACCACAACAUCUGGCUGAACCACUGGCCAUGCUGAUGGGAGUUGUAGUUCAGCAACAUCUGGAGGGCCAAAAUGCUUCCCAAUCCUGAAUGUAAGACAUUUUGGAAGGUUCAGACUAGUUCUUGUCUUUGUUUGGCUUAACUUCAAUUUUUGCAAAUUAAAAGGCAAGGCUGUUUCUCUGAAUCACAAGAGUUGAAAGACAGUUGAUUACUAAAAAUGUUGAAAGUUCCUGGGAUAAGCUGCAAUAGUAUCAUUUCAAGAUGCUGAAAACAGCAUCUUUUGUAUGUAUGGUCAUCUUGGAGAAAACUUUAUUUUUCUGGUUUACAGCAGGAGAUCGAUGAUGUUUUUAAAUCCCUGUCACUGGAAAAUACAUGCCAAGGUAAGCUGUCAAAACCUGAAUGCUCUUUUUCUGGUUUACGAGCAUAAAUUUGGGGUAGAUGCUUAGAACAUAUUUUAGCUAUAUUUAUUCAUUUAUCACAUUUGCAUUCCAACUUUCCUCCAGGGAUCUCAAGAGAACAUACAUGGUUCUCUUCCUCCCCAUUUUGUCCCCACAACAACCUUGUGAGGUAGCUUAGGUUGAGAGUGUGACUGGCGCAAAGUCACCCAGUGAGUUUCAUAGCUGAGCAAGACUUUGAACUGUGUUCUCCCAGUCAUAGUUCAGUACUCUAACCACUAUACCACAUUGGAAUGAAACGUGCCUGACAGAACUACCAUUGGGAAGCCUGCCUAUUCCUGCAGGAUCACAACACACCCAGCACAGCAAUUGAAAAAUAUCAGUUGAUAGUGGAAGAUCCACUGGAAGUUCUAAAAAAAUGAAAAGCCGCACAGGAAUCCCUCAUCCAACCAUUUGGAAUUAGGGGCUGCUCAUUGCAAAUUUCCAAGCCUGGCAUAUGGUUUGCAUCAAGCCAUUUUGCCCACCUCAUUAAAAGAAAUAAUGACCAGAGAAACUAGAGAGAAAGAAGCUUCACAAAUGAGUGAUUACUUUUGGAACUGUUUCAAUAAAAGAAUUUUGAAUGUGUAUACACUUUAAGCUUUAACAUGGAAACGAAAACAAAAAACAGCAUCACCACUGUGCAGUUUUCUGCUGGGCACUGGCCUUUAGAUAUCAUUUUUUUAAAAGCUUUGGCAGAUGCACAGACAGUUCCCUAGCCCCUGUGGCAACUGAAAAAAUCAAGGCAUCCCCUUGUUCAUCUGACAAAUGGGAAACCACUACCCUGUCUUGUCCAGAGAGGCACUUUCCAGGGGCAUUUUGCUGGCAGUUGUUGGAGGUGGUGCUGAACUAGGUGUGCCUCUGAUUGGAUUCAGAACGGUGCUGUUUUGGUUGCUUGCUGAAAACACAUGGAAGUCGUUCAUGCCUUGAUAAUCUUGCAGCUUGAUUCCUGUAACGUGCUCUGUGUGGGGCUGCCUUGGGUUCAGUUCAGAAGCUGCACCUGGUCCAGAAUUAGUUACUAAGCUGCUAAUGGAACUUAAUCGUCUGCAGUACAUAGCUCUUGUUUUUGAGGAUUGUGCACUAUUAUGCUACUAGUCCAGGUUUAAGUAUUGGUCUAUAAAACCUUGCCCCCUAUAUACAGGUAUGGUCGGGGCGGAGUGUAUGCCCACACUGCCCAGGGCGGGCACGAAGACUGCACCCCCAAGGGGGGGAGGGGCAUGGAGGGCACCCUUCCGUGCGCCACAGUUCAGGGUUGGAGAGGGGUGGGGAAGCUGCUGCCCACUCUCCUCCUGCUCUCUGCCGCCAGGUCAGGCCUUGCAGCCAAGGAGGGUGGGCAUUGACGCCGACUCUCCUGCUAUCUGCUGCCAGGUCAGAUCUGACCCAGCCACAGAGCCACUACAGCUGGGUGACCAAGGAGGGCUGCUCUCUGCCGCCGGGUCAGAAGAGCUGCCUCCGCCAGGUUUGAGCUGUGCCACGGCCGAGGAGGGGUGGGCGGCAGCGCUGCCAUCCACUCGCCUGCUCUCCUCCCCCGGAUCAGGCCCAGGGAGCUGAGCUGCGCCAGGCACAGGAGACGCAGUCAAGGCGCAGCUCCUCUAGUGCGGAUUUGAUAGUUGGUUUGAUUUUUAUGAGCUCAUAUUCUGGAGGGCAAGGGACACACGCUGAACCUGGGGGUGGGCAUGAGAGAUCACUUUCUGAUACAAAAGGAUGGGGGGUUAUUUAUCACGUACUUGGCACUGGCUUCCGUUUUGUGGGCUCUGUCUGCAUAUCCUCCUCCUCCAAACUUGCAUGAGAAGAAGAGAGAAUUUCAAAGGCAUUAAACGCUUUAAAAUUAGGACUGGUGCAGCAUCCACAUCAACAUCGUUCUGAACCAGUAUAGACUUCAUCUGCCCAAAUGCAUCACUGCUCAUGCCUGUUUUGCCAUCUAGAUGUGCUCCAGUGGGUUUUGCAGCAAGCUGGCAUGGAUGAAGUUUCACAAGUCUCCUGGGCCCCUGUUCCAGAACAUCCUCUAGGUAGGUCUGGCUGUGGGCUUGGCAAAAUCUCUUCCUCAGCCUCUGAGUUCUAAGGCUGGCUACACAUUUCUGUUUCUGGCUGCUGCUCAGAUACUUUUAAUAACAAAUGUGAUCUCAUGCUCAGGGGCUUUAAUGUACAAUAUUUCGUGUGUGUAUGUGAUGGGGAGUGAGCCGGUGCAGAUAGAACCUAUAUAUCCCUACAUCUUUCAAAAUUUGUUCAAGAGGCAUGGCAUACAAAUUUCACAUUGUCUUGUGCUUAAUUUGUUAUAAAGGCUAGUGUGUUCUCUUGAGUUGCAUUAUUAUUAUUACUACUACUACUACUAUUUUAUUUAUACCCCAUCCAUCUGGCUAGUUACUCUGGGCAGCUUCCAUCAUCUCCCUUCCAUUGAUUUGUUUCUUUUCUACCCCCAAUACAGCAGGGGAAGUUGCACAUACAAUCCCUUGUAUCGACCAAAACAGCUGCUUGCCUCUGGUGCCUGGAGUAGUGAGUGAACCACUGGCAAAUAACUGUUGUAAAGUAGCAGACGGCUGGCUGGCUGCACAUCCACCAAAUGUGAAUUCCCAGCCAAUUGCCGUUCAUCCACUGCAGCAUCCUCAACAAAAUAGACCUCCUGGGAUAAAUCAAGCUAACCAUGUGGGUGAGUAGAGUUACUCUGCAGUCUGCAUGUUUGAAAUUGUUCCAAAAUGAAUAAUUGUGCUAAAAAGAAAUUUUACUGAGCUGCGCAGUGGUUUUUGGAGCACUGGAGAGAUUGAUUCAUUGGAUCGCCAUUUGAUUCCUAGAACUUGCAUGUGAUAAACUAUUCUAAGAUUUUCAGCCUGCUUGAAUUAGUAUCAGAUGUCCAAAGCAAAUAUGGUAGUUCCUAAUGAACAAAAAAUCCAGAAUGGACAAGGUGUAGCAAAGCUCCUGAUUUGCUUUAGCAACAAGCAGAAGACUGUGCUUACCUCCAGACUGCCAGUAGUUUGCCCCAGGGAUUCAAUUGCAUACCAGAAAUUUAAGUUUGUGCCAUUAAAGUGAAUUAAAGCACUCUAGUGCAAAUAAUAAUAAUAAUAAUAGUAAUAAUAAUAAUAAUAAUCCACUUUAAAAAGAAACCUUGACUUUUUGCAAGUAGGAAACUGAGGGGGAAAUCCACUAAAAGUGUUGGGCUAAGAGGGCACCAGGUCAGCAAAGGCUGAGCUAGGGCAUGCAUAACAUUUGUUAGAAUUCCCAAGGUGUUCCUCUUCUGUGCUAGGAGAAGCCCUGUAUAAUAACAACUUCAUUGAACACGUUUUCCUGAAUGAAGAACCUCAGGGAAAUGGAGUGAUGAACAACCUGUCGAGAAAUGACUGCCAUCUGUUUCCAAACCAGCAAGCCAUGGUGGAACAGAACACAUUUGCACCUCCAAUUGCCCCCUCUCCACUAGAGCAACCCCCCCUUCAUGCUGCUCCACUGCAGAACAAUGCAGGUUAGUGAAUGCAUCCUAUUUUUGAGCAAGUCCAAAACAAAUGUGGAAUCAUGAGGGGAGCGGGUGUAGGUCUCUGGGCAGCAAGGUCUUAAAGAAGAGGGCCAAACCUCUACAGCACUGUAGGGAAUAUAUGCUGUUUGCUUAGCUAUAGCUUAUGUGCAGCAGAGCUGUACUGCUAACUGCCUUAAUUUAGCCACACGGAUGAUAAUAUAGCUUCCUCUCAGUUGGAUAUGAUGGUUCUAUCAAUGUACCUGCCGCUACCACCAAAUAGCAUUUUUCCUCUGUCGGUGUAAGCGUUGUGCUGCGCUGCAGAUGGCUUGUCAGCCUGCACCCCUUAGCAGGCAUGGAGCUAGUAAGCUUCCCCCACUGGAUUCAGCAUGGUCUUGUCUCUUUCAGGAUGUGCCCCUCUCAAUCUGGAUGUCUCUAUCUACUACCGCGGGAAGCUGCUGCACGAAGCAGGAGUAGAAUUUAAUAGCUGUAUGUUCACAUACAACCCAUACUAUGAAAUUGGAGGAAACCCGCAGAUACAACAUGUUCUAUUUCCAAACCCAGAGAUCCUUCCUGAUCAAAAGCAAGUUAAUCAUACCUUAACACUACUGAAGAAUGCGGGUCUGCUGCUGUACCAGAAGAACAAUAAGAUCUGUGCCUGGCGAAUUGGCCGAUGUAAGGUCUUCUGGGCUUUCUCCAAAGAGUUGGAGCACACAGCACCGCGUCCUCCACUCAGGCUGUUGGGACGGGAGGAAGAAACUGACAUCUUCAACUAUGAAAGAUUCUGUCAAGGUGAUUCUCUAGGAACAUGGUAUUUCCUCUGUGGGCACAAAAUUAAACUGUGUGUUAAUGCAUGACUCAUUUAAAAACAGGCACAUGAUGAUACAGUUGUGAAACUGCUUUUGUUGAGUCAUGGAGAAAACACCUGAGACAAGGGUCAGGCCCAAAGGCUUUGAUUUGGAACCCUUAUGUGCAUUGAAACCUCCCCAAUGUCCUAAAAGGCCUCCCUUAGGGGGCAGUAAGACUUUUUGCUUAGCUGUGAUUUGGCCAUAAUACGGUAUUUCAAAAGUGCUUUGUGCAAUGAAUGGUGUUGGGUGUUAUCAGUAGCCUGUGACUUUCAUCCUACCCAGGCCUUACCAUUUCAGCUUUUAUGGAUAUGAGUGAGAUGAGGCUGUUAUUGGGUGCAGAAUGUAUCAUUCUCAGAAUCUCUGCUCCCCACCCCCUUUUUUAAAGGAACGUUCUAGUCCACAAAGCUUCAGAACUUGGAGCAAUAAGCAACAGGUAUGGUGGGUUGAGGAGCAUGUCUUGACACACAGUUUUGACUGCUUACUGCAGGGUACACAUGGCACUAAUUGUGGCCCAUUUUCAUUACGCCUGUCAAGCUUCUGGCAGUGCCGAAGUGAAGGAGAACAGUAAUGCUGCUUAAUAUUUUUGGAGUGGUUUAGAGAAUAUGAGGCAGUUCACAUACCCUAUUUUAGUAAUCCUUACAGUGAUCCAAUAAGGUAGGUCAGUGUUGUAGGGGCUAAGAACUGAGCAUCUGACCUUAAGGUCAGGGGUGAAGAACCUCUUAGCCUGCCAGGAGGUCCACUUUCACCCACAAGACCUUACCCUAAGCUACACCUGCCCACCCAUCAGCUGACACCACUUGCGACAUCGUCUGAUGGGUGCAAAGGCAGGGUUAAAUCCUGCAUUGACUACACAUACCUGUUCACAGCAGAGAGCAACAGCACACAGCCAAAUUGAAACCAAUUCAGUGAGGGGUUUGAAUCACAGUCCCCUGCUUAAAACAGAGAUGGCUUCCCCUAUUGUAUUAGCAGAGGUUAGAAAGUUAACCUGCUAAUCCCUCUGCUUGAGCAGGAGAUCUCCACUGUUCAGUCUCCGCUGCUUUUGUUAUUAAACUAUGUUAACAGAACUCAUCCACACUUCUGCUUGUCCCUUGCUAGGAAGCACGUGUCGGAGCAGUUUUCUGUUUGACCCAUACUUUCUAGGCAUGGAUCAGAGCAGUUUUGCCUUUGCCCCACUCCUUUCCCAGGGAAUUAGUGCUAAAUCAGAGCAAAUGUCAAUCCAGAGAAAAUCUGGAUUGCCAUCUGCUCCGACUGAGUGCUAAACAGUGGGUUUCCUGUGGAAAGAGGAAGUGUGGAUAAACCCACAGUUCAGACUCAAUUGUCACCUGUGUAUAGAAGUCCAUUCCUACACGUUAAAUCUCUAUAUGCUGUUGCAGUUGCAAAUUGGCACUUGCAAACUUGGGUGAAGAGCUUAUUGAUUAACUGAAAAUCACUUCUGCCUAUAUCCUCCUGUUAUUCCAAAGUUCUUUUCACAUAGAAGGUUUAUAUUGAUUUCUUCUUAAACUGGCCUAUAAUGCAAUGCAAACAUGUCUAAAUCUAUAUUGCCUAGAGCAGGGAUAGCUAUAUGAUGCCCUCCAGAUGUUACUGAACUACAGCUUCCUUCAUCCCUGACCAUUGGGCUGGGCUGAUGAGAUUUGGGAGUCCAGUAUUAUUCAUUAACCUUCACACAUGACACAAGUAGCUGUUUACCAAGACAAGUUAAAACACCUUUGGUUUUUUUAUUGCCCUUUCUGUUCAUGGAUCCCCAAAGUGACUUAGAAGAGCCUUGGAUCUUUUUCUUUUGUAACAGAACUGAGGGCUUUCCGCGAUGGUCAGAGAUGUUCCUCUCCUGACUACACCAUCUACCUGUGCUUCGGCCAGUCCUUUGCAUCUGACAAACCCAAGGAAUCCAAGCUCAUCUUGGUGAAGGUGAGCAGAAAGCAGUCCUCUGAAGUUAACAGUGCACAGUACUGCCUUUAGGAAUAAAAUGACUUUCUAGUCCACUUGUCCAGACAAAAUCUGAAGGCCAUUUCCACCACUGGUAUGGUAGCAAAGCUGGCUUGCUUUCAGAAAAGGAACCACGGUUACUCUGGACUCCCUAGCAAGCAUACCUGUGUGAUGCAUGUGUUCGCAAGGACCUUUGGAGGCAGUGCAAAGUAAUGUAUCCUCCAAGUAGAUUAAGGUGCUGUGCAUAAUUGUUGCACCUCCCCAUCCCCCCAAAAAGUAUUUUAUUCUUCUAACAACUGUGUGAAGUGGCUUAAGCAGAAUGACAAGGUUGCCCAGUGGAUUUUAAAAUACCAUAUUCCAACAUUUGCCAACUUGGUGCCCUCUAGAUAUUUUGGACUUCUACUCACUUCAGCUCCCAGCUAGAAAGCAUGUGGCCAGCAGAAAACCCCUUGGACCUGUGCUUUCUUGCCAUCGAACAAGUGGAAGUGUGAAUGAGCACUCCAUGUACUUCUAAAGAAGCAGUAGCUUGGGUUUGACCAGUCCCCUGUCUUUUAGUCCUAUACCUGUUCCCCUCAUGGCCCUUCAUAUUAGUGGCUUUUGACUUAAUUCAAGCUCUGAUGUAUUCAUUAACCUACAUUUUUCCUGCAACAGGGCAGUGUUCAAAAGGGGUUGUUCGGUGUGCAUGCACACACACUAACACACGCUUCUUACUACGUCUCACUGGCUUGUUGACGGCUGGCAGACAUCUCUUGUUGCACUGUCUUGUCCCCCCUCCUGGAGGGAAACCAGCUCUAUUUUUAGUACCUUGAUAUCUGUUGGAACAUAAUGCUGGAUCCUUGGCUCACAUUCUUGUUGCUGUUGUUUAGUCGUUUAGUCGUGUCUGACUCUUCAUGACCCCAUGGACCACAGCACGGCAGGCACUCCUGUGCCAGGCUCACAUUCUUAUAAGUACCUAAAACGUAAAGGUAAAGGGACCCCUGACCAUUAGGUCCAGUCGCGAACGACUCUGGGGUUGCAGCGCUCAUCUCGCUUUACUGGCCAAGGGAGCCGGUGUACAGCUUCCGGGUCAUGUGGCCAGCAUGACUAAGCUGCGUCUGGCGAAUCAGAGCAGUGCACGGAAACGCCAUUGACCUUCCCUCUGGAGCGGUACCUAUUUAUCUACUUGCACUUUGACGUGCUUUCAAACUGCUAGAUUGGCAGGAGCAGGGACCGAGCAACAGGAGCUCACCCUGUCACGGGGAUUCGAACCGCCGACCUUCUGAUCCGCAAGCCCAAGAGGCUCAGUGGUUUAGACCACAGCGCCACCUGCGUCCUUGUUAGGUACUUAUAAGUACCUAGUAGGUACCAAAGGCAGAUUCUUAUUGCUCUGCUAUUUUUGGCUUACCUGGUGGUAGGAUGGAGGCAGGUAGUGGUUUUUUAGAGGGUUGGAGAUGGUCUGGGAGGGGCAUCCUUCUUUUCAAUCCUGCUAUCUCCUUUGAUCAAGCAGGUUUUGAAGGCCCCCAAUCCUCUCUGCCAGAAGUGCCAUUUGGAGAGGAGUGUAGACAUUUGGCUCUUGAAAGAAUUGCAGGCAGUCUGCCUUUUGUUUUGUUUGGUGUUGGGUGUGCAUAUAUUUGGGGCGGUUUUGAGGACAGCUGCAUAGCAAGAAGGUAUCUUGGAGUAAGUAGGCAAGCCUUAACGGGCUUUUUUAUGUCUUGCAGUUGGUGCCGAUGGUUUGUAAGCAGUGGCAUGAAGACCUGCAGAGGCAAGGCUACUCAUCCUUGAACAGUGAAAACUUGAGCCUGCAACUCUCCAACAGCCUGUUUGAGAUGAUAGAGCAGCUAACUACCAUGAUGGAGAUGGAUUAGUUCAUGUUUCUUGUCAAGAUCUCAAAUAGUAAGACUGGAGUGUGUGGGUUUGUAUGUGUGUUCACAUUCGCAAGGGGUCACUUCCACAUUUGGCUUGCAUGAGGAGCUACAGUAAAACCCACUUUUUUGGUCUCUGUAUUCUGUCACCCUGCAUAACUUCUGCUUUUUAUCUGAGGCUGGAACUAACAGGUGCACAUCACCAUAGUGGUGCACUUCAUAAAGCUUUUGGGAACAGGGUUACAAUCAGGGUUGAAUUUGCAUUCUGCCCUUCAGCCCAAAAGAUUCUAGGAAGGUAUGUUGCAAUUAUAAAAUAAAAAUAAAAAUAAACCAACAACAUAAAAGUAAAUAUUGGGAAACAGAUCAUAAAAAUAACAAAGCCAAAAUGGCAAUCUAGCAGCGUUCCAGUUCUCAGCCAGUUAUAUAUACACCUGACAAAACAAAUGCACUGUCUGUACACCAUGCUAAAAACAGGGCUGUGUGUACUCCAUGCUAAACAGGGGGGGAAAUCUGCACCAUGAGAUGCAAAUUCUGUGUCCUGUAGAAAUUGUGCAGGUUAAUCUGAUUAGCACAACUUGUUCACAUUUUGCAUGUCUUCAUGGGUAAAGCAAGAUUGCUGAAGCCCUGCUUCAAACUGCUAAAAAACAUUUACCCAGCCACGUCUCUGGCUUCUAAGGGUUCAUCAGGCACACUUUAAAUCAUCUUCAUGGGAAGAAAUAGAAGGUGAAAGCUGAUAUUCUCAGGAAGUAGAGUUCUGAGCUCAAACCACAACCUGCAGAUUUCCCCCUCUUGGAUGCCUUCGACGUGCACACAGCCCUGUUUACCAUGCAUCUUCAAGUGAAGGAAGAUGAGUUUCUCUUCCCCCGUCUCAAAGUUGUAGCUCAGUGGUAGAGCAUCUGCUUUGCAUGCAGAAGGUCCCAGGUUCGAUCCCUGGCAUCUCAAAGUAGGACUGGGAGAGAAGCAUGCCUGGAACCCUGGAGAGCUGCUGCCAGUCAGGGUAGACAGUACUGAACUUGAUAUAGUGUCAGACCACUGGUCUAAGGCAGCUUCUUAUGUUCCUAUUGCCAUUUUUUUUUUACCCUUAAAAAAAACAACCCAAUUACUCCUUGCCCCUCCACCUAGCCCUAUGGGUAAUGUAUUGGUAAAUUGUCUGAAACCAGUAUGGUGUUCAGAUCAUGAUACCGGUUUCAGACAUUUUUAGCUGGUAAUCCAUUGCACCAGCUGAAAUUGCCUGCAGAUGGCAAAGUCACAGGCAGACAGUGCCUGAGAAAUGUCUGGGUGAGCACCUUCUCAUGAUCUACCUGCCUGCGCCUUUGAGGAAGUCCCCCACCCCUCCAGCUUGCAUGAGCCAGACUGGUAUGGGGGCUCACUCAGCUAGGAGGUGGGAGGCUUCCCAUCCACCAAACUGAGCAGUUUAACGAAGCCCCAGUGCCCCUCCCGCUCGCCUGAGCGGUAUGGGGGCUUCGGCUGGGCAAUGUAUCUCGGCUGCUUCGAUACAUUCCAGACACCAUGAUGGAUCAGCAUAUUGUGGUAUUUAGCUGCUGCUAUAUCUCAGGGACGCGGGUGGCGCUGUGGGUAAAACCUCAGCGCCUAGGACUUGCCGAUCACAUGGUCGGCGGUUCGAAUCCCCGCGGCGGGGUGCGCUCCCGUCGUUCGGUCCCAGCGCCUGCCAACCUAGUAGUUCGAAAGCACCUCCGGGUGCAAGUAGAUAAAUAGGGACCACUUACCAGCGGGAAGGUAAACGGCGUUCUGUGUGCUGCUCUGGUGCCGGUUCGCCGGAGCAGCUUCGUCACACUGGCCACGUGACCCGGAAGUGUCUGCGGACAGCGCUGGCUCCCGGCCUCUAGAGUGAGAUGAGCGCACAACCCUAGAGUCUGGCAAGACUGGCCCGUACGGGCAGGAGUACCUUUACCUUUACAUCACAGUGUUGAAAACCAGGUGUUGCCCAGCCCUAGCCCUAAGGCACAGAGUGCAAAAAGAAUUCCCAAUAAUGGUAUAGUAGUUGGGGUGGGCUGUUCCCUUCAUAAGUGAACUAUUCCAGUCAGUUUGGCUUGCUGGGACUGAGAAGAGCUCACAAUGUGCAUUAUAUAAAGGGUCAACGGGGCUUUUUCUGAGUUUUUUUACUUUCCUUACCUACCCACCCACCCUCCUUACCCGGGGUGCUUCUGGGUUUGCUGCAAAAAAAUAAAUGCAGGCAUCCAGGCACCCCACUCUUUCCCCAGAAUGCUUUUCAGUGUGGUCAGAAGGUGGCAGACUGCCUGAAGGCCAAGCUUUGAUUUUUAGCUUUACACUCCUCCUCUCCUCCCUGAGAGGUUUCAGAUGGAUACUUUAAGCUGCCUGGUAGUUUGAAGGAGGGGGAGCAAACCAGUCUUCCCAGCCCCCUUUUUUUAGGUGCAAGGAGAAGUGUUUUUAGGUAUUUAUGAUGUAUGUUUUGCCUGCUCUUGGUUUUAACUAUUUGUUUAGGAGAAACUCUUUGGUGCUUUGCCUGUUUUUGAAGUGGGAAGAAGGUUCUGAGCAUCUCCAAUUUUCCUUUUGCAGUAUAGAAAUUUUGUGGUGCCCAUGACAGGUUCUUAGCUUUCCAUAUGUGCCCCAGGGGCCCCAAAAGAUAUGGAACCCCUGGCUCUAUGGGGUAGCAGUGUAAUUUGAGAAGUGAAUCUCCUGCAAUCUUGGUGAGAUAUAGGCUCAGAGAGGGGCAGGCUCUGCCUCAGACUCAACUCUCAGGUCCCGGACUCUCGCCUUGGCACCCCUGAGAAACCCGGCACCUGGGCGCCCUGCCCCCUAGCGCCUCUGGGUAAGACGCCCCUGCACUUACAGAAUCCAUGUUGAACAUUACCCACAACUAGUAAGCAGGAUCCUAUCACUGGCCACUUAUGUGGACAAGUGAAAUUAAAGGGACUGUAGAGGGCUCCUCAGUUUUGGAAGUGGGCUGCAGGCAGAAGUUGAAUAUGAAAACUCUAUCCAAAUCAUAGCACAAAAAGUGCUCUCAUAAAAUUCACAGCCCUUGAAGUGACAAAACCAAGAGCGGAGCCAGCUAUAAGCAGAGCACUUGGUUGCCUACAGUGAAUGAAGGGAGGGAGGAUACUAAUAAGAUCUGGAAUGAAGCCUCUGCCACCUCCCAGUUAUAACACUAUUUUCUCUGUACAACAAAAUUCCCCACAAAACAAAAAUCUAAAAGCUUGAAAAUUCAAUAUGUGUUUAUGGUUGUUUUUUAUAGGGGAGGUGUAGGAGAGUUUGUUUCUGGCCCUCUUUAUAUGACAUUGUUAUUUAUUUAUUAUUUUUAUUAUUUAUAUACUGCCCUUUAUCAAAAGAUCCCAGGAAAGUGUACAUCAUUAAGAAGACAUUUUGCAGGGCACAGUAAGAGACAGCAUAAUAAAGUAAUCAGAAUAACAUUUCAAAUGUACUGUACGCAGUGCUGAAUCAGAGGACUUAUUUCUUGAGCAAAGAGGCACCAGCAUUACUCCAUUAACUCUUGUGAAACUACACUUGUCAUUGAUGCAGGUAUUGAAUAGAGUGUACUUUUUGUCUUGCUACCUGUCCAGAUCCCUUGAGAAUGGGCAGCUCAAACACUCCAGCUAAUGUGCUUCUGACACGCCUUAACUUUCCUGUUACAGUAAUAGUGUAUCUGAAAGUUCUAUUGUUACUAUAAUUGCAUUCCCUAGUGUUAACAUAUUUUUGUGGGGGGGGGGUCUCUGUGAGCACUUUGGGUUCUCCCUGCCUGUUGAUACCAAGCACUGUAUUCCUUGUGGCACUUGCUAAAAACAUAUUGUGUAGACAAACUUACCUAGAUGCUUAGAAAGCUGCAGGGGAUUUUUAACUCGGAGGUGUUUUUUACAAAAACGUGGUAUAUAAAUGUUAUGAAACAAAUAAAUGAUUUUUUUUAAAUUGCAUAUAAUCAGCUUAAAGUGAAUGAUGAAUCAUGCUGAAGAAUCCCUGCAAAUUGUUCUGUAACUUAUUGUAGAAGUUUAUUAGAUUGCAUACUUGUACUUCUGUUCACAUAUAUCUCUAAAUAAAUUGGCAUUCUACCAUGGAAUUUGCAUUGCAUUUUCAACCUAUGGUGGUCAACAGUCAGUUUAGAAUGAAGCGUUUCUAAGGUCCCACAUGAACCAAACGUGUCUCUGAAAAUCUCUGAAAAUGUUGCUGGCAAUUUUUCUUGCAUGGUUCUUGUCAUUUGUCCAGGAUAUUCUGCAACAAAACAGGUAAUGGGAUAAAGUUACAGAAGUGGCCAUUUUGU